GCAGUUGGCAGUUCUUUGUGCCUAACGGUGCUCUUCCAGUCGUCAUCGGUCCAAUAGUAGUGUUUUUGUGUAAAAUUCUUCUCGCGGUUUGUCGUCGUUUUUUGUAAUUUUGUUAAAUAUGAGUCUGGAGGACGAAAGCUUUCCCGCCGACGAACUGUUUGAGCAGCUAAACAGCGUGGGCGCUGGUGCCCCGCGACAGUUCAAGAGGCAGUUUAGCGUACACGAUCAGCCAGUGGCGUUUGAGCGCAAUCCGGCGCCAUUUUUAACCAGCGACUGCUCCGACGAGAGUUCGUUCAUCGAUGCCGCCAACAAAAGUGCCAAGACCUGUGUCAGUGACCCCGUGGGCCGUGACCAGGGCGAAGAAGAGGAAGGCGAAGAGGUGGAUAAAUCUUUCGCAGAGUCUGCAAUGGCAAAAGGAAUUAUCACAGUAGGACAGAUGGGCAGUGCCCAAAGCAGCAAGUCUGUCUCCUACCAGGACAUACACUCGGCGUACACAAAGCGGCGCUACAAGCACGUGACCAGCAAAGUGGCCAAGUACAUAGCGGACAUCCAGGAGCAGGACCAGCAGCGCCGGAAUGCCAAGAAGUUCCAGCACCACAGCUCCAUGCCGGAGUAUCUGACGCCCACAGCCACAGACAGAGCGCGCGCGGCCCACUUCAGUGCGGACGAGCUGCACAAUCUGGAUGUGUCGCUGGACAACAGCAGUGCGACCGACGCCAAGGCGGCCAACGACAGCUACGAGCGUCUGCUCAGCGAGAAUGAGCGCCUGCAUAAUGACAAGGAGGACCUGAAGGACGUCCAAGUGCGUCUGGAGAACGAGCAGCAGCGGCUGCAGUCCUACAGCGACUAUCUGCAGGCCAAGCUGGACGAGAAGGCCAUGGAGAAUAUGCAGCUGCGACGCAGCUGUGAGAUGUUGCGCACCGAUCUGACCGACUGCGAACAGAAGUUGAAACGCAAUCAAAGUCACUCGCUCCGAUCCCUCAACUUCUGUUUGCCCGAGAGCGUUCCGAAGGCCACGCAAACCGACCAGGAGUUGCUCUCACUGGCCCUUGCGGACACCGCCACGCCGCUGCCCGGCUCUAAUGUGAACAAUCUCACCUACGACAGCAGUGCCGGCUCCAUUGAGGUGGCCCUGCUAAGCGUGGCCCCCGCCGCCCGCCAGCCCAAUCCCAGCAAGCCCAAAAAGAACAUCCAGCCACUCUCGCUGGACUUUAGCCACGACAGCACCGAAGCAGAGCCCAAUGGCGGUGCCCCCACCACCAACCGAGCAGCUGGCACCAACAAGCGGGCUGCGGCACCCAACAACUCGGAGAGCAGCCACCCAAGCAGCAACGACUCGGCCAUCGAAGUGGAGGCCCUCGAUUUGCGCUCACCUUCGCGCUACCAUCGCCAGCCACAAGCCACCAUAUUUCCGCCGAUGAAGGAUUGGGCGCAGAGCGAAGGCAUCUACUACUUUGACAAGCGCAACAAUCGCGUCAUCGAGGUGCGGUCCAUUGAUAUCAGUCAGAGCACCAAUCCAGAUAACACGGGAACCAGCGAGACCAUCCUCCUGGACCAGUCCCAAACUCAGAACCGGCACAAGAAAUCUUCAAUGGGCACGCGCAUGCUGCGCCUCUUUGGGCCCUGUGUCCGCUGCACAGACGCGAACCAAUCGAUCAACGCCACCAGUUCCACUUACACCGUCGGACUGCCAUUGCUGCGCGAGGAGUACGGCAAUCGCCGCACCCACAACGAGCGCUAAUUUCCCUAAAUUGUCUAUUGUUUUAUGUAUUGUAUCCAAAUCUAUUAUUUUAUGUUGCCUAGGGCUCCCUAAUUUUAGCCGCAUAAUCGGCAGAGUAUCCAGUAGUCUACAAUUUGUGUAUGCACGUAAUCCACGUUAAAAUUGCAAGUUAAAUAAAUGUAUAUUUUCGGUAUUCGCAAUAA